AUGGUUGGGAUGGCGGCACGAAUGUGUUUUGAAAUGGGCCUCCACCGGGAAGAAGCUUACGAUCAUCGAGGAAACCCCAUCACACCAGCCUCCACUUUCACGAUUCAUCGGCGGUGGCUUUGGUGUGUAUUAGCAAUGGACCGUGUAGUCAGUAUUACGCUAGGUCGACCAUUCGCAAUACAUCUAGAAGAUGUGGACCUUGCGCUUCCCACUUACGAAAUCACACAAACUACCAACACACCAGAAGGACAUGAGAUACGUCCAACUAACGAGCAGUACCGGCAAGCGGCCUUUGCUCACAUCAUUCGCUACCGUAUACUUUGUGGUAGGAUCAUGUCAUCUCUGCACCGAGGCCGAUACACUAACAAUGAACGUUCCGCCUUGGCUGCACAAUCCCAGCUUUCAAAUGACCUGGAAGAGUGGCACGCCAAGACAAGUACGUUAAACCUCGAAAGUGGUGCGUCAGACGGGGCCAAAGUCUCCAGCUUUCUGACAGUCGAGUGGUACGAGAUGAUAUAUCACAAUGCUAUGCUCAUGUUGUACCGGCCCUCUCCUGCGCUACCAUUGAACUCAUCCAGAGCAACUGUGGCAGUGCCAAUCAUCUAUGAUUCUGCAAAACGGGCGAUUGGCUUCUACGCACAGCUUCAUGAAUUGCAGCGUAUCAAUUAUACUUGGAUUACAUUGCAUAGCGUCUUCAUGGCUGGUCUUUCCUUUGUCUAUGCUGCUGGGCAGCAUUUUCGUACCAAGAAAAACCAGCGUCGUGGACAGGGAUCACCGGUGCUCAGCUCUGAUCCGUCAAUUCUGGAAAUAGUCAACAUCUGCCGCUCUUGCUCUAGUGUUUUGGUGGCAGUGUCAGAGCGUGGGAACAUCGCUCGUCAUUGCCACCGUGUUUUCGAUCGUCUGAGUGACGCUGUAUUAUCGGACGCGGUCGAAUAUCAUACAUCACCUCGGGUUGCUGGCUUGCCGCAGCCGGCUCCUCCUCUCCCUCCUGCCUUGUGCAAUAGUGUCGCUCCAAAUGUCGCCGCCUCAAAUUACACAAUGGAUACGUUGCCAUCCGGGGGAUGGUCUUUCCAGGAUCCAAUGCUAUCGUCUCUGCUUGCCGUCGAUGACGUUUUUCGGGAUUGUUUUGACGAUCUACAACAUUUUCAUGAGUCUGCAUUCGGUGAAGACCCCAUUGGUCAACUAUCACAGGAUUGGCUUGGCCAGAUCGGCGGGGUGUAG